AUGGAUCUUUACUCCAAGACCAUCAACUUGGUCGUUACACCUCUCAGGGAUAUCUCCGAUACUGUAAACUCGACCAUCUCGAACUCAGCUGAACGAACCUGGAAUUUGGUCAAGAGGGACGGUGGGGACGGUGGUAAAAGCUCAGCCUCUACCGUAGAAGGAAGCUCGGGUGACACCGCAGACAUGGCUGAGACUUCAGAAGCAGCAAAACCUUUGGCUACCAGUAAUGAGGGUGGGACGGCAGGCGAUACAGAGAGUAGUACGAGUGAAAUUCCUGGUGAUGAAACAGGUGCAGAAGCUAUUACAUCGGCGUCGAGAGGUAUCAGUCUAACAGCCGAACCUGAGGCUGUCGACGAAGCAGACCAAGACGACACUCGGACGCCACGACCACAGUCGCCUUCAAACCCACCCGCAGCAGAGGCAGCGGCAUCUAGUAGUGAACACAUCCAAAUUACCGAGGAUUAUUUUGCACGACCCCCUCACCUAGACCUUUCCGGAGCUAGUACUCUCAGGGGAGCGGAUAACGGAAUGCUUGGGCCGGGAUCCUGUCCUGUCACUCCAUCGCUCGAACGUUUACAAAGCAAACCGACAACAGCUUUGUCAUUAUCACAAGUUCAUGCAAACAAUGGGAUCACCUCGUCAGGCGUCAGCGUUAUCCUUCCAUACACCGAAUCAAGCAGUAUACGUAGUCUAGUUCCUACGAUCGACUCAGGUGACAAUGACGUCGCCGGCAUGCUUGGCGAGAUUCUUAACGAAGAUAACGUUGCAUUCACAUCUGGCUACAACCAAGGAUGGGCUUUAUCACAACAAGUGGAGGAGGAGGAGGAGCUCGUGGAAGACUCGGACGAAGAUUGGGACGAAAGUGAUAACGAGGAGGAAUUAACCGAAGACGAGCGAAUUGAAAAAUGGAGAUCACGAAAGAAGCACUUCUUUAUCCUGUCAUCAGCUGGCAAACCCGUGUACAGCCGCUACGGGGACGAAGCUGUAGUUUCGCAAUUUAUGGGUGUGAUUCAAACAAUCAUAUCCUUCUUCCAAGAGGGAAGCGACCCGCUAAAGUCAUUUUCGGCCGGCAAACAUAGAUUUACAAUAUUACAAGAAGGGCAUUUAUACCUAGUUGGUGUAUCGUCAUUAGGAGAAACAGAUAUUCAGCUCCGAACUCAAUUGGAUAUGCUGUAUACGCAGGUGCUUUCAACAUUGACAUUGACUACUGUCGCAAAAGUCUUUGGCGAACGAGAGAAUUUCGAUUUACGGCGGUUGUUAGGCGGCACGGAGGUCUUUUUGGACGGACUUUCGGACGCCAUGGUUAGAGGAGAACCAAACAUCUUAUUGGGCUCUCUCGAAUGCGUUAAGAUGCGGAAGCAUAUCCGGGAGAAAAUCAACAGCGUACUUAUGAAGUGCCGAACGAAUAAUUUACUUUACGGACUAAUAAUCGCCGAUGGUCGUUUGGUCUCGGUCAUCCGACCAAAAAGACACUCCCUUCACCCGCCAGAUCUGCAGCUUUUUAUAUCUAUGUUGUUCAGCGCCAGCACUUUCAAAGGCGGUGGCGAGCAUUGGACACCGAUAUGCCUCCCCAAGUUUAAUGCCAAGGGCUUCUUGCAUGCCUAUAUUUGUUUUUUCCAACCAGAGAUAGCGCUAGUGCUUAUAUCACCGACCCGAGAAGCCUUCUUCGACAUGAAGGAGGUGAAAGACAACAUCAUAGAACAGUUGGACAGAGCAGGCAGUAUCCCAAUCAUUGAGGGGGCAGUCAAGCGGGGCAGGUACUUGGCCUCUGACCUAAUCGAGGGUACUGUUAUCCAGCAUUUUUUGUAUAAAUCGAAAGCGAACGUUCAGUUCACUAUGCCCUCUUUUGAUCCGCAUUUCUCAAGCCCGCACGCUCGCAGAAGGUUGAUGAUAUUGUAUCAGCGGCUUCAUGCUGCAGUUCAUGCACGUGGUGCGCAUCUUAAAGUACAUCACAGCAUCAGAAGAAGAUCGGUUUCUCUAGCAUGGGUUACCCCUACAUUCGAACUCUACUGCGUGGCUGGAGCAGGCACGCCCAGAAACGUUCUAGCAAAACAUGCAAAUAUGAUCGUCGGAUGGGUCAAAAAAGAAGAGGAACGGCUUUUCAUCGUUGGUGGUGCGACGUUUUAA